UCUGACAUGUCGGUGUGUUAUUAUCACCCGUGUGUUAGUGUUAGUGUUAGUGUUAUUAGUGUUAGCUGAUGGAUGCGCGCAAUGUUUCUCUCCGUCCUGACUGCGGUUUAUCAUCAUUCUCUGAUAUUACGCGUCAUAACCGCGAUUCCUCCUGAAGUGAAGCAGGGCGGCUGUAUUAAAGUGAAUCGGUGUAAAUGUCUGAUGCGGGACGGUUCAGGAAUCAUUGAUCUGGGAUCAGUGGCGGGGGAGGACGGUUUCAUACAGCGACUCGAACCCGUGACACCCGCGGCACCGGGAAACACGGAAGUGCUCGUGUCCUUCAGCCCGUGUGUGCCGUUCUCUGAGCCUGAAGACUUCACUGUCACAGACUGCACUGAUGUCGCUGCAUGUGUCACUACACGGUUUCAUCAGGACAGCAGAUUGAUGAAUCACUAUAUGAACUACGGCCGACACGAGGGCAAUACAUUCAGCUAUAAUGAUUCAGAGGAGAUUCUCACUGUGUCUUAUUACAUUUAUUCUCGCAGUGAACCUCAUACUGUAGUCCGUUACCAGUGCAGCGUGAAUCCGUCCAUCACACACAUCCAGAGCUUCAGCGUGGACGCACCUCUGCAGAUCUGGGUAAAGAGUCCCUGCGCUUGUCCAAACGCAUGUACACUGGUGGACGUUGGUCCCGGCACCAUCUUCCUCAUCAUCCUCUGCCUCAGUGCUACGGCUUACUUUCUGAUAGGAACGUGCGGGCUCCGGGCGUUCAGGAGCAGCAAUGGUGUACAGAUGACUCCAGAGCACAGUGUUUGGUGUAUGCUCUGUUACCAUCUCAAUGACCGGCCUCGGGACCGCCCGAAAAAAGCACUAAUCAAAAAGAAAAGAGGACACGCUCUGAUCUAACAGGGCAAGAACCAAACUCAGUGAGACCUCUGGACACAUCCUGAGACAAUCCCAUUCUUCAACAUAUUGUAAAUCCCAAAACAUUAAGUAAAAACAAUUGGGUAAGAUCUUAGGAAAGCUUUUUUUCCAAACUCUUAACAUCUGAUAGAAUUGAGUUUUUUUCAAGUAAAUUAUGUCAACAAAUGACUUCACGAUUGACAAACACAGAAUAAGUUGAAAACGUUACAUUUUAUUCAUUAAAAACAGCUUAGAUUCACAGAAAAAGUGCACUUCUUAGAAAUACAAGUGAUUUUCAUUAAAAUGACAGAUCUUUCUUAAGUUACACGUCUAUAGCUUUACAAAGAUUAGCUUAUUUGCAGGAGAUACACAGAGCUCGUCCAUAUUGUGCUCUAAAUUAAAAUCCAGAAGAUGGAAAGCUGCGUGUUUGGUGCCGAGCGGAUGAACGUCAUACUGCCUGUGAAAGUUAAUGUUAAGUGCAUCGGGUUUAUCUAACGGAAACUUAAAAAUGGCAAAACUCUACAUAGAAAAUGUUUGUUACAAGGCGAGCAAAUCCAGAUUCUAUUCUAAUGAUAAGAAACAUGAUAAAAUCUGCUCUUAUAAAAGAAUAAAAACCGCAUACUUUAAAAACUCAGUUCCAAGAUUUCCACAAGCACUCGGUUCAUACAGACAGCACCACACGCAUGACUCACAGUUUUCCAGACACAGAAACUUCAAAAGCAUUUGAAACACAUGUUACUGUAAAACACAAUCUUAAUUUCUCCAGGGAAUUUCUGGGAAGGAAAAUAACCAGCCAGCUGGUUUUUGGAAAUAGGCGAUGGGGUGAAGUUUCUGAGUGUCAAACAAUGCUGUUCGGUUUAAGGGUUUCAAGAACACGUGACUGAGAUAUUCUGAAGAAUCAGUCAUCGGUCCUGCCCUGACUGCAUUAGACCGACUGUAUAGAGCGAUAUUAAACAGCUCUUUAAUUCUUAUUUUGUCCGAAUAAACAUUGUCAUUAAAAAAAGAUCUAAAUAUAGUUUGGCACCCCAAAAGAUAUAAGGCGUAAGAGUUUAAGAGCAAACCCAACAAAAACAUUUAAAACACAUCAUGGUCACAUUUCACUCCUAAAGAAGGAAAUAAAAAGUAUAAAUGAUAUCUACUCUGUUACAUUGACACAAAAAUGUGGAUGUAAAAAUGCUAAUAAAAUGCUCUUAAUAGACUUUUCUUCA